CUGACUCUUACCACAGUCAGUCGGCUCUGCUCGAACUCAUAUUUCUACUUUAACAAAAUGAAGAUUUUAUUUGUGAUCCUCAUUUUCUGUCAAGUUGUUUCUUCAGUGAAAUAUGCCCUGACAUUGUACCAGACCGCCACUUCUGGAAUCCCAGAGUUUCCAGAGUUUGUGGGUGCUGGAACAGUAAAUGAAGUUCAGAUGGGUUACUGUGACAGCACCAUGCAGACAGCUGAACCCAAACAGGACUGGAUGCGGAAACUGUUUAAGGAUGACCCCCAACAACUGAAGUGGUAUUCUGAAAAGUGUCUUGAAAGUUUGCAUUUCUUCAGGGCCAACAUUGAUGACCUGUGGCGUCGUUUAAACCAAACCAAAGGUCCGCAAGUCUUACAGAAGAUGAAUGGUUGCUCGUGGGAUGAUGAGACUGGAGAAAUAAAAGGGUUUAAUCAGUAUGGCUACAACGGUGAAGACUUCUUAGUUUUCGACCUGCAGACACUGACGUGGAUUGCUCCUGUAACACAGGCUGUCAUCACUAAACUGAAAUGGGACACUGAGAAGGCCAGAUUGGAAUACAAUAAGUAUUAUUACUUCCACAUGUGUCCUGACUGGCUAAAGAAGUAUGUGCGCUAUGGGAAGAGCUCUCUGCAGAGAACAGAGCGUCCCUCGGUGUCUGUCCUCCAGAAGAGUCCCUCUUCUUUAGUCACAUGUCACGCCACAGGUUUCUACCCGGACACAGCUGACUUGUACUGGAGAAAAGAUGGAUAUGAGUUUCAUGAGGGUGUGUACAAAGGAGAAAUCCUCCCCAACCCUGAUGGGACCUUUCAGAUGAGUACUGAGCUUAAUAUUUCAUUAAUUUCACCUGAAGAGUGGAGGAAGUAUGACUGUACAUUUCAGCUGUCUGGUGUAGAAGAUGACGUCAUUACCAAACUGGAAGAAAAGGUGAUCAGGACAAACUAUGGUAAGACAGGAUAAGAAGUGGUGGUGGUUUGUGUUGUUGGUUUGUCUUGUUUUUGGUUUAUGUUCUUGGUUGUCAUCACAUUCUGAGGUUUUGUGUUCAUGGUCAUGUUUAGUUCUGUGUAGUUCUUGGUUUCUGCUCAUUAGUUCACCUGGUCUGAUUAUUCAUUCACCUCACCUGUGUCUAGUUAGUUCCUCUGUGUAUUUAUACUCCUUGGUUUCAGUUGUCCUUUCUUACACCAUCCAUCCUGUUUCCAUGUGGAUUUUUUCUGUUGUGAGGUUCUUGUUUCUCUGUUCAUGGGCUAAACACUCCUGCCUCUCCAUCCUGCAUUUGGGUCCUCAUUCCUGCCAAACCAUGACAUAUACCUAACCUAACUAUGUUAUCCUAAGCAAAAUGGGACAAAAUAAAAAAAAUAAGAUGUAUUCAUUCAACCACAGUCAGUAUUUCUGGUCUUGAGCUCCUCACCUUUUCCCACCAUGGAGGUCUUUAGAUGUGUACAGCCAAAGCCAGACCAAACGUGACUAGUGACAACUACAAGUAGACAUUAAGUAAACAGCAUAAAGGCAAUGACAUAAAGGAAAAAUACAUCUUGUUUCUUGGUUAUUAAUUCUUUAUCUGCAAAUAAGAAAACCAAAGAUUCAGAAGCAGUUUGAUGCAACAUCUUGCAGUUCAUAAUAAAGCUUUAUAAAGUUUUACUUUUUCAACCCGUAAUUUUUAGGCAAAAUGGUUCCUUCCUGGAAAUAAAAACAGAAAAAUAAGAAA